AUGAACAGCACAGCGGCGGCGGCGGCUGCUGCAGCAGCGGCGGCGGCGGGUUGCCGGCCACCGUUCACGGCGUCCCAAUGGCAGGAGCUCGAACACCAGGCCCUCAUCUUCAAGUACCUCAUGGCGGGCAUCCCUGUCCCACCGGACCUUCUCCUCCCCAUCCGCCGGAGCUUGGAGUCCAUGGCCGCUCGCUUCUACCACCACCCCGCCAGUAAGCUCCCCUCCCCUCCCCUCCCCCCCGCUCUUCCCUCUGCAGCUCCAUCUCUCCGACGAAACAUCUUGGUUCCCGUCCGCAUGAGCUAUGGAUUCGAUUUGGUCUCCCUACACGCUUGUUCGUUCUUCCGAAAGCCGCCUGUUUUUCCUGCCAAAAAUAGACCACAAGCCCCUACCCGAUCGACUACCCGCUUUAUCCAUCCAUGUCUUCCCCUCCUCCUCAUCUUACUUUUGGUCGUCCCCAUCUUUUUCCAUGAAAGAUCCCUCCUGCUCCUCCGCCCUGGUACGAAUAUUUCGUCACAUUUUCCUCGUCAGCGAUAUCUGCUCCUCUCUUCUCCCUUUUCUUUUGCAUGCAUUGAUGGGUUCGGCUGUCCUUUUCCCGAGCUCUGAUCCUCGGCGGCGGGCAGGGUUACGAACUUCUGAUCUGAACAAGGAAAUUUUCUUCUCUGAGACGCUCUUGGAUGACUUGCUGCAGUGGGCUACUGCUCCUUCUACGGCAAGAAGCUGGACCCGGAACCGGGGCGCUGCCGGAGGACCGACGGGAAGAAGUGGAGGUGCUCGAAAGACGCCCAUCCAGACUCCAAGUACUGCGAGCGGCACAUGCACCGCGGCAGAAACCGUUCAAGAAAGCCUGUGGAAACGCAAAAUCUCUCCCAGCCUCAGCCCUCCUCCUCGUCGCCGUCCUCAACCGUGACCUCUCUGGCCCCCUCCGGCAGCGGCGUCAGCGGCGGCGGCGGAGGCGGUGGGAGCUUUCCCAGCGGCAUCCUCCUACAGUCCCUCGGCGGCGGUGGCGGCGGCGGCGGCGGCAGCUCAGCUGCCCAAGUAUCUCUCACGGGCACCAGCCUCAACCCGCUGCAGAUGGACCCGUCCUCCUACGGAAUGGGUAGCAAAGACUUUGGGUUGGUCCUCCUCCCUCUAGAAUCCAUGAUUAUCUGGUAACCCGUUUCUUCUUCCAUGAUUUCUCCAUCACCUUUCCCUCCGCGUCGACGACUUCCUCUCUGCUAUAUUUUUCCGAGUUCGUCUCUCGGUACCCUUCAUAUAUAGUAUGUGAUUUUAUGUAAGCUUAUGGAAACGACUGUCAGUUCCAUUCUAGUCAGCGCUGGAUUCGUCGAUUCGUGCCCUGCAUUGUUUUUUUUCUUCCCAAGUUCAGCAAUUUCUGCACAUGUCCAAUGGCCUGCGCAUGCCCACCUACUCCCGGUUGGUCUUCUGUGAUUCUUUUGCUGCCUCUUAAGCUCUCUGCCUGUAGAUCUUGCCUCGGAUUUCACACGAUAAUUCAUGGAUGAUUCAUGAUAAUCUGGAUUUUUUCUAUUUCGGGUUUUUUUUCAUAAUCUUCCGUAUUAAUUGUCAGAAUUUUACUGAAAAAGGAUUAGUUUUUUUUCAUCAUCAUGCUCAUCGAGGAGCGAUCGGCAUGUGAUGCAGAUACCUUCGCGGGGUGAAAUCCGAGGUGGAUGGGCACAGCUUCUUCUCAGAGGCCUCAGGGAGCGCGAGGGGCCUCGGGAUGGACUUUUCUCUGGACAGCGCCUGGCGUCAGAUCCCUUCACAGGCCUCGUAUUCUCUCCCGAAGGCGGGUGGCGGCGGCGGCGGCGGCACCACCCUUCUGCAGGGCGGCUACCCUCACCUCCACCCCUCCCAGGAUUUCGGGCAGGUAACCCUGAGCUCUCUGUCGAAGCAGCAGCAGCAGCAGCAGCAGCACUGCUUCUUCGGUAGCGACUUCGGCGGCGGAGAGCCGGCGAAGCACGAGAGCCAGCCGCUGCGGCCGUUCUUCGACGAGUGGCCCAAAACCAGAGACUCGUGGUCGGAGCUCGAUGACGAACGGUCCAACCGGACCCAGCUCUCCAUCUCCAUUCCCAUGGCCUCCUCCGACUUCUCCACCACCAGCUCGAGGUCUCCCAACGGUGGGUCGCCCUAGCCUCCGCCCUCUUCCCGCGGCUGCUGCGCCGCCGCCGUGCUCUUUCGAUUAAAUCUCUGGCAAUUCUUCCCGUGCAGAUGAUUGA